GAGCGCCGGUCGCAACGCUUACGGGCGCUUCCGCAGGGGAAACAUGGCCGCGGCCGUGGGCGUCCCACGUGUGGGUGCAGGGAAAAAGCUGAAAAAUUCGCUGAAGAAGAAGAAGAUGAAGAUGGUCGCCAGGGCAGUAGCUUCGGAGUUGGAAGAUGAGGGCAAAGACGCUGCCGACAGUGGAGGUUCUGUAGGAAGUUGUGAAUCAGAAAAGGAUCACUUUUCUUCAGAUGAUGAAGCAGUGGAAGCUGACAAUGAAGAUGAAGUUGAACCCGGUGGCAAUGGAAAUGAACAAACAGCCGAAGCUAGUGUUGGAACUAACGUGGGCUGGGCGGAUGCCAUGGCUAAAAUUCUUAACAAGAAAACUCCUAAAAGUAAAUCCACUAUUCUGGUCAAAAACAGAGAGCUGGAAAAGGAAAAAGAAAAGUUAAAGCAAGAGAGACUAGAGAAGAGAAAACAGCUUGAUAAGAAGCGGGAAUGGGAAAUGAUGUGCAGAGUAAAGCCAGAUGUUGUCAAAGACAAAGAAACGGAGAGAAAUCUUCAGAGAAUUGCAACAAGGGGUGUGGUACAGUUAUUUAACGCCGUUCAGAAGCACCAGAAGAACGUUGAUGAAAAGGUUAAAGAAGCUGGAAGUUCUAUUAGAAAACGUGCUAAGUUGAUAUCGACUGUUUCCAAGAAAGAUUUCAUCAGUGUCCUGAGAGGGAUGGAUGCAAGUACAAGUGAGAAAAGUUCGACUGGAAAGAACUUGAAAGCCAAACAGACUGAAGCGAAAGCAGAAGAGGGCCCUGGAUGGACAAUCUUACGUGAUGAUUUCAUGAUGGGAGCAUCCAUGAAAGACUGGGACCAGGAGAGUGACGAUGCGGAUAAGCAGUGAGCCAGGCUCUGGGAGCGACUGGACACAUGGACUGUGGAGGAAACACAGCACACAGUCAGUGUAUUUUUCCUGGCGAAAUGCUCUGUGCUCGCGGCUGUGAAGCUCUCAUUUGUAAGAAAGCCGAAAGACUUUUAAUUAUUACCAACCUGGGUGUUUUCUCUUUUCGUGAAAACUUUGUUAAAUUAAGUUUUUCAAACCUUGUAUGAUUUUAAGCAUUGUUUCUCAAACAUGUAAAAAGGAGUAUUUCUGCUUAACUAGCGAGAUGCACAUUUGCCCAGAUCAUUAUAAGUUUACGUAUUGGUCAUGGAUAUUGGUAUUUUGUUCCAGUAUCAGCAGUUUCUAGAAAUGCAGUGCUUUUCAUAAUUAAAAUGAACUCCCUGAAGUUAA